CUGUGUCUGAUUAGGAUUCGGUGCUGACCAAAGGCCUUUGUUACAGUGUACAGACCACACAGCAAGCAGAGAAUGGGGGUGAAGGGACUCACCUGUUUCCCAUGGCACACCAGGCGCAAGGAGCGUGGCAAACUGGCAAAAUCUCCGAGUGCUGAAGGAACCCCAGGCCCGGGCGAAGUGCUGCGAAGGAGUAAGGGAAUCAGCGACGAUCCGAAACACUGCGCCUACUAUAGUCAGAAAGCUCACCUCUCCUUCCGGCAUGAACUGGAAUCGGCCACCUCAGUCAUUGACUCCACCAACUGAGCCCCCACCGUCCGCCUCCCAGAGAAAUCGACCCCGGCUCCCGGGGCAAAUCCCAGAUCAUCACGGCACUCUGGGUUUGGGGCGGGGGGGUGGGCGAGAGUGAAGGACAGGAGUCAGGCAACUUGCAAACAUAUCAUAUGGACUGAUAUAUUUGAUCCACUCCAUUAUCCUGAUGGGACUUUCUUUCACACCACUGACUUGUAGGUGG